AUGGUGCUCUUGAAACCUUCUGCCUUUUCAAAAUCACCUAAGCCUCGUCCACAACAAGGCGGAGUCUCCGACUCUCUAAUCGGCGAUACCGUGGAGGAAGCUGAUGCUUUCAUAAGCCAAUGGGUUUCACCACACCUCCACGAUUCCUCUUCAACUUCCUGCAGCCUCUCAUCCCUUUUCUCCGCGGAAAAUCGCGGAGAAGGAAGACGCUUCCUCGACGUCCUCGCCAAGUUACAUUACGCUAUCCAGAGCGCUGGUUUGGUGAAUCCGGACUCCGCUAAGCUUUCUCAAGCGCGUGAUCUAAUGCAGACAGCUAUGAAGUAUUUGGAGAAAGAGUUUUACCGCGUUUUGAAAUCUAACCGCCGGUUUUUGAAUCCGGAAUUCAUCUCUAACGAGAAAGCAGAAGGAGACGCUGAUGCUGAUUCAGAUGCUAUCGAGGAUUUGAAAAUGAUAGCGAAUUGCAUGAUCUCCUCCGGUUACGAGAAGGAUUGUGUUAAGAUUUAUAAGAAACUCAGAAAAAAGAUAAUCCUUGAGGCAUUGUCUAACCUAGGGUUUGAGAAACUAACUUCUGCACAAAUGCAAAAACUUGAAUGUGAGAUUCUUGAGAAGAAGAUCAAAGGUUGGGUUAGGCUUGCGAGAGUCGCAUUCGUCACACUGUUUAAAGGAGAACGCAUCCUCUGCGAUCGCAUCUUCUUCUCCUCCUCCUCCUCCUCCUCCUCAGUCUCCCUAGCUGAGUCUACCUUCGUGGAGAUUACACUACAAAGCGCGUUGAAACUUUUCGUCUUCCCAAUAACCAUCGUGAAAUGCAGGAAAACCGUGGAAAAAAUCUUCCCUACUCUUGACGUUUACCAGACUAUAUUGCACGUGAUUCCCAAUAUCGACCAGAUUUUCAGCUACGAUUCAACCGCCUCCGUGCGUUCGCAGGCGGCUGAAUCUCUAGAGAAGCUUGGAGAAUCGGUGAACGCGAUGAUGAUCGAGUUUCAAUCGUCGAUCACGAAAGAGUCCUCGAAAUCGCCGAUACCUGGCGGAGGAGUUCAUCAGCUCACUAGAUACGUCAUGAAUUUCAUCGUCUUUCUAGCGGAUUACAGCGACUCGCUUGCCGCCAUUAUCAAGGACAAGGAGUCCUCGUUGCCGUUACCGGAGGAUUACUAUAACAACAAAAACAACAACGAAGAGAAUCCAGAAAACGCAGGCUCUCCGAUGGCAGCGAGGCUAGCGUGGUUGAUCCUCGUCUUACUCUGCAAAAUCGACGCUAAAUCUCGUCUCUACAGCGACGCGGCGCUCUCAUAUCUUUUCCUUGCAAAUAAUCUUCAUUACGUGAUCACCAAGGUACGCACAUCGAAUCUCAAGGAAGUUCUGGGAGACGAUUGGGUGGCGAAACAAGAGGUUAAGGUGACUCAGUACCUCGAGAAGUACGAGAAGAUGGCGUGGGGCGAUGUGGUUGUGUCGGUCCCGGGGGAUUCAACGGAGGCGGAGAAAGCUGACGAGGCUCUGAAACGGUUCAACGAGGCGUUUGAAGAGGCUUAUAAAAAGCACAAGACUUGGGUCGUACCCGACCCGAAACUGAGAGACGAAAUCAAAGCGUCUAUAGCGGGAAAGAUCAUGGCCGGGUAUACGGGUUUCUAUAAGAAGUAUCCGGUCGGGUCAUCGAAGAUUGUCAGGUUUACCCCUGAAGAUCUCAAUAGUUACAUAUCCGACUUGUAUAUCGGGUUGAGAGGAUCCGUGCCCGUGUCGACUAACUAA